UCCAGCCAGCCAGCUGUGGUUCAGAGGGGAAGGGUGAAGUUGGGACAUGCUAGGCUCCUAGCGUUUACAGCGGCAGGGAUCCCUUCACAGGUUGAGAUGAGUUGGGAAGGCGGAAGCAAUGGAUCGGCGGGAAUCCCCACCGAAGACAAGACGGACUCGAAAUCCGAUAGCAAAAGCAAAAAAAGCAAGAAAAAAGAAAAACAGCCAACUGUUAGUGUAUUUGCAAUGUUUCGAUAUUCAGAUUGGCUGGAUAAGUUAUACAUGGUGCUGGGAACAGCUGCAGCCAUUAUACAUGGAGCAGGACUCCCUCUCAUGAUGCUAAUUUUUGGGGACAUGACAGAUAGCUUUGCAAAUAUGGGAAACAGAAAUGAAACUACUGGAGUAGUGUGGAGUAAUUCAAGUAAAAAUCCCUUCGAGACACUGGAGGAGGAAAUGACCACGUAUGCAUUGUAUUAUACUGGAGUAGGUUUUGGGGUGCUCGUUGCUGCCUACUUUCAAGUUUCAUUCUGGACCUUAGCUGCUGGACGACAAGUUAAGAAAAUUAGACAAAACUUUUUCCAUUCAAUAAUGCGCCAAGAAAUUGGUUGGUUUGAUGUCCAUGAUGUUGGGGAACUGAACACUCGACUGACUGAUGACGUCUCCAAAAUUAGCGAUGGAAUUGGAGACAAAAUUGGAUUACUCUUUCAAGCAGUAGCAACAUUCCUCACAGGUUUUAUAGUUGGAUUUGCAACAGGCUGGAAGCUAACACUUGUGAUUCUGGCCAUUAGUCCUGUCCUAGGCGCGUCAGCUGCCCUCUGGGCAAAGGUACUGUCUUCCUUUACUGAUAAAGAAUUAUUAGCAUAUGCAAAAGCUGGAGCAGUAGCUGAAGAGGUCCUAGCGGCAAUUAGAACUGUAAUUGCUUUUGGAGGACAAAAGAAAGAACUGGAAAGGUACAACAAAAAUUUAGAAGACGCUAAAAAUUUUGGGAUAAAGAAAGCUAUUACAGCCAACAUUUCAAUGGGAAUUGCCUUCCUGCUGAUAUAUGCCUCAUAUGCGCUGGCAUUCUGGUAUGGGACCACUUUGAUCAUCGCUACAGAAUACACUAUUGGAGAAGUACUCACUGUCUUCUUUGCUGUAUUAAUUGGAGCCUUCAGUAUUGGACAGGCCUCACCAAGCAUUGAAGCUUUUGCUAAUGCAAGAGGUGCAGCCUAUGUCGUCUUCAAGAUAAUUGAUAAUAAGCCAAGUAUUGACAGCUAUUCAACGAGUGGCCAUAAACCAGAUAACAUUAGUGGAAACUUGGAGUUCAAAAAUGUUCAUUUCACUUACCCAUCUCGGCAAGAGGUUAAGAUUUUGAAGGGCCUCAAUCUCAAGGUUAACAGUGGACAAACAGUAGCCUUGGUUGGAAACAGUGGCUGUGGGAAAAGUACAACUGUUCAGUUGAUACAGAGAUUAUAUGAUCCUACCGAGGGUGUGGUCACCAUUGAUGGACAGGAUAUCCGGACCCUAAAUGUAAGGUAUCUGAGGGAAAUUACAGGAGUUGUGAGUCAGGAGCCAGUACUCUUUGCAACCACAAUUGCUGAAAAUAUUCGCUAUGGCCGUGAAGAUGUCACCAUGGAAGAGAUUGAGAAAGCUGUCAAGGAAGCCAAUGCCUAUGACUUUAUCAUGAAACUUCCUAAUAAAUUUGACACUCUGGUUGGAGAAAGAGGGGCCCAGCUGAGUGGCGGUCAGAAACAGAGAAUAGCAAUCGCUCGAGCUCUGGUUCGGAAUCCCAAGAUCCUUCUGCUUGAUGAGGCCACCUCAGCUUUAGACACUGAAAGUGAAGCAGUUGUACAAGAGGCACUGGAUAAGGCAAGAGAAGGCCGUACCACCAUUGUUAUAGCCCAUCGUUUGUCUACAAUCCGUAAUGCAGAUGUUAUAGCUGGCUUUGAGGAUGGAGUUAUUGUGGAGCAAGGAAACCAUAAUGAAUUAAUGAAACAAGAAGGUGUUUACUUCAAACUUGUUACCAUGCAGACAGGAGGAAAACAGAAUGAAUUGGAGGGUGCUCCAGAUGAACAGAUAGAUGAAAUAAGUGCCUCAGAAGCAGCUACAAAAGGUUUUGCAUCCAGUCUCCUAAGAAGACGAUCAACUCGUUCAAGUAUCAAGAAGUCACAGGGAUCAGAGAAAAAAGUCACUGAGGAAGAGAAACGGCUUGAUGAAAAUGUGCCUCCAGUUUCUUUUUUCAAGGUUCUGAAGAUGAAUAAGACAGAAUGGCCUUAUUUAGUGGUUGGCACUUUUUGUGCUAUUAUCAACGGAGUUAUGCAGCCAGCAUUUGCCAUAAUAUUUUCCAGGAUUAUUGGGGUCUUCUCACUACCAAAUGAUGCUGCAACAAGGCGGCGUGAUAGUGAUUUGUUUUCAUUGUUGUUUUUAGUACUUGGAAUUGUUUCUUUCAUUACCUUUUUCCUUCAGGGCUUCACGUUUGGCAAAGCUGGAGAGAUUCUUACAAAGAGGCUCCGCUAUAUGGCCUUCAAAGCCAUGCUGAGACAGGAUGUAAGCUGGUUUGAUGACCCUAAAAACAGCACUGGUGCUCUGACAACAAGACUUGCUACUGAUGCCUCCCAAGUCAAGGGGGCUACUGGUGCUAGACUGGCUAUCAUUACCCAGAACGUAGCCAAUCUUGGGACUGGAGUUAUCAUCUCAUUCAUCUACGGCUGGCAGUUAACAUUUUUGCUCUUAGCAAUUGUACCAAUCAUCUCAGUUGCAGGAGUUGUUGAAAUGAAAAUGUUGGCUGGACAUGCCCAGAAAGAUAAGAAAGAAUUAGAGGGUGCUGGAAAGAUCGCUACCGAAGCAAUAGAAAAUUUCCGAACUGUUGUUUCUCUGACUCAGGAGAAAAAGUUUGAGUAUAUGUAUCAACAGAGCUUGCUGGGACCAUACAGAAAUUCUGUGAAGAAAGCACAUAUCUUUGGCAUCACUUUUUCUCUCACCCAAGCAAUGAUGUAUUUUUCCUAUGCUGCUUGUUUCCGGUUUGGCGCCUUCUUGGUGGCACGUCAACUUAUGAAGUUUCAAGAUGUUCUCUUGGUGUUUUCAGCUGUUGUGUUUGGUGCCAUGGCAUUAGGGCAGACAAGUUCCCUUGCACCAGACUACGCCAAAGCCAAAAUAUCAGCAUCCCACAUCAUCAUGCUCCUGGAACGAAAACCUUUGAUAGACAGCUACAGUGAGGAGGGACAGAAACUGGAAAAGUUCGAAGGGAAUGUGUCACUUAAUGAAGUCAGGUUCAACUACCCUACCCGGCCAAAUGUCCCCGUACUCCAAGGCCUGACCCUGGAGGUGAAGAAGGGUCAGGCCCUGGCUCUUGUGGGCAGCAGUGGUUGUGGGAAGAGUACUGUGGUGCAACUGCUCGAGAGGUUCUAUGAUCCCCUGGCCGGACAGGUGAAAGUUGACGACCAAGAUGUGAAGAAGCUUAAUGUCCAGUGGCUGCGGGCUCAGCUCGGCAUCGUGUCCCAGGAGCCCGUCUUGUUCGACUGCAGCAUUGCAGAGAACAUCGCCUAUGGAAACAACAGCCGGCUGGUAUCACAGGAAGAGAUUGUGAACGCAGCCAAGGCUGCCAACAUUCAUUCUUUCAUUGAAACACUACCCAAAAAAUAUGAAACCAGGGUGGGAGACAAAGGGACUCAGCUCUCCGGGGGUCAGAAACAGCGCAUUGCUAUUGCUCGAGCCCUCAUCAGAAACCCUCAGAUCCUGCUGUUGGAUGAAGCCACUUCAGCCCUGGAUACAGAAAGUGAAAAGGUUGUCCAAGAAGCCCUGGACAAGGCGAGAGAAGGUCGUACCUGUAUUGUGAUUGCUCACCGCCUCUCCACCAUCCAGAAUGCCGACCUCAUUGUCGUAUUCCAGAAUGGCCAGGUCAAAGAACGAGGGACACACCAACAGCUGCUAGCCCAGAAAGGCAUCUACUUUUCACUGGUCAGCGUUCAGAGUGGGGCAAAGCGCAUGUGAACUCCUUUCACUCCAUGCAUUUCAUAAGUUAAAUAUUUCCUAUAUUUGUGUUUUAAAAUGGAAUCAUAGCCAUAAACUUCUGCCAUAAGUGCCAGAAAGCAAGUCCUGUAGGCUGUCUUAUCUCCUGCUGCAACUGGAUCUCUGGAUAUUCAAUGUCUCCAGAAGAGAAGAAACAGCACUUAAGGAAGAUAAACCAAUGUCUCAUGCAUUAUGAAACUUAGGGGAGUAUUGAGGCUAGCUAGUUUUUUUUUAAUAACUGUCUAAGCAAUUUUAUUUUUAUUUCUAGUCUCCUUCAGAAAGUAACUGACUUUCCUUGCUUAAAAAAAAAAGAUGCUGUGACCAAAGGGUGGGAACUCCUGAAAUAACUGUUUUAUAAAAUAUAAGAGCCUAUAAUAAAAACAGAACAUUUCUUGUACUAGUAUAACAUUGUUCAAACCUAAACCGAGUAUACCACUUCCCAAUCAAAAUACUCUAGACUGCGAAGUAGUUGGUUCAAAAUAAGAGAACCCUACUCUGCCUUUUUCCUCUUAAUGAGUCCUAUGGAGCUGCACAACCUUGUUCACUUUUGUACUUAAUCCUGUCAUUUGUUACUUUUCAACUUCUGUUAUUAUGGCCAAGUAAGUGACAAUAGGAAACAAAGCAAGAUUAAUUCAUUUGUUUGGGGCCAGGAGAGAAAUGCUGAAUCAUGGGAUUGAAUCUUCCUUUGGUGUAUUGUUAAUAUUUUGCACUGUUGUUGCAAUGUGUUGUUAAAGAACUCUAUUAUUUUUGCACUUUGAAAAAUAUAAAACUGCGUUAUUGAUUUCAUUUCAAUACUUACUUCCCUUCCGUAGAAUUAAUUUCCUGCAAUG